AUGGAGAUAAAGAUAUUUUUAACUCUUUUAUUUCCGGCAGUAAUUGUCGCACAAGCUCCGUGCUCAAGCUAUUGGCAAUAUGUUAGAGGCCCAGGUAAAAUUGAGGGACUUCUUACUAUUACUCCAAAUAAUGGAUACAGUGAACAUAAACUUAAACUUACACUUUCUGUUGGAGCACGACUUCCAGGGACUUAUGUUGGAGAUGUCAGUCUAGUUAAGGACAAACAAAGUGCACUGAAUGAUAUUAGCCGUGGAUAUUCUAUUCAAUAUCGUGUAAGAUUUCCUAUAACAAGUCCAUUGCCAAAAUUAGUAUCAGUUGUCUACAACAACCAGCAAAUAUGUACAGGACCCAAAGGAUAUGGAACAACAAUAAAUUUAGAACACGGUCUCUCAAACCACGCUGCACCACAAACAGUUCAAUAUCCACAAUCAAAUCCUGUUCCACAUAUUGAAAGCAGAUUCCAAGAUGACCCUCAACCAAAUGCACAGAACUAUAAUCAAAAUUAUCAGCAAACUUAUCAAAAUCAAUACAGUCAAAAACCAAGUUUCGAGAAUGUUUUAAAUACCUUGGCAACAAACCCUCCAAUAAGAACGACAUUAGCACAACGAAUAGUACCAACACGCGCUCCUGCUCAAGCUCCAAUAAGAGCUGCACCUCCUCAACAGCAGUAUAAUAAGCAAACAUACAGUAAACAAAAUGAGUAUAUUGAUUCCAACAAUCAGUGCGGCAUACCACUUCAAAAUUUACCAGAAUCAACUGGAUUAGUAAUCAAUGGAAAACCAGCACUCAAAGGACAGUUCCCAUGGCUAGCAGCUUAUUUUCACAACGGAGUGAGAGAAAAUGGUUUCAUAUGUGGUGGCUCAUUGGUUUCAUCUAAAGCAGUCCUUACGGCUGCCCAUUGCAUUCACAAUAAGCAUGAUACUCCAAAGAAAGCUGAAGAAGCCUUAUUUUAUAUUGGCAAGCAUUUAAUCAAUACUUUUGCAAAUGAAAAAGAUUUUGUUGUAGCACCAGUUACAUCAUUUGUUAUCCAUCCUGAAUGGAAUGCUUAUAGUGGUACAUAUGAUGCAGACAUUGCAAUUGCUUUAUUAUCCAGAACAAUUCAAUUCACAAGUUUCAUAAAACCUAUUUGUUUGUGGACAUAUACAGACAAUUAUUACGAUAUUGUUAACAAAUUUGGUGUAAUUGCCGGCUUUGGAAAAACUGAAUCUUCUGUUUCCACUAGCGAUAAACCAUACUGGACAGCCCUCCCUGUAGUUGAUGAAGGAACAUGUCUCAGAUCACACAAUGAUUUCACUAGAAUUACGUCUAAAAGAACAUUUUGUGUUGGGAGUCGAGAUGGAAGAGGUCCUUGUAAUGGUGAUUCUGGUGGCGGACUUAUUGUUCGGCAAAAUGGCAGAUGGUAUCUUCGUGGAAUCGUGUCAGCAUCUCUUUUUGAUAGAGAGCUUUAUUCAUGUGAUACCAACAAUUUUGCUGUGUUUACAGAUGUUGCUGCUUUCAAAGAUUGGAUUCAGUCAUACAUAUAG